AGUUUAUACUUUUUUUAAAAACAUAAAUGGCUAUUAAGACCACAGAUUGGAUAUGAGUAAUAUAUUACUUUAGAGUUUUAGACUCUCUACUAUUUAGGGUUUAAAACUUAUUGUGUAUUUAAAUAAGAACUUUAUUAAUAUUAAGGCUAUUUUUUUAUUAUUUAUGUUGUGUUAAGUGACUAUUUUCGAUAGCACACAGAUCAAGUAAAAAUUAAAAUUUAUAUAAAUAAUAUUUGAGCAAUGAGUCGUAGGGAUGUGAUAAACCGAGUGUCGUGUAACAUCAUUCAUUUUCAAUGAUUGACUCGAUUUUCAGGCGGCGGCCGGUUAUACGUUCUGAAUGGUACUGUCAACUGUGGUACAUCGAUUCAAACUUCAACUCUCAUAUCUUAAACAUCGAGAAUCGCGAUAUAAUAUUGAAUAUUAUGUGAAAUCUAAAAGUUUGUGUUUUAAAUGCAAUUUUUUAUCAGGAGUGAAGUUCAAUAUAAAUUAUAAGUAGUGUAAAUUCUAAUAGAUCAAAAAUCCAAUUGAAGAUUAACAAAUUACUAUAUACAUCCCUGUAGUCAAAACUCAAAAGUCAAAACAAAUUUCAAAACAUCUUAAUUAUCAUUUAAGCUCAAUGUUAUCUUUUAUUAUCACACAAUAUUAACAAAAUAAAUCAUGAUGAAUGUAUUUCUAACUAAAAAGAUGGUGUCUAAGUUGAGCACAGUUUCUUAUCCUGUAACAAAUAAAGUUUCUGAAGAUGGGAGCAUAAACGACCAUUGGUACAAACUUUUUUCAGACAGGCAACUUUCACAACGGCUUUCAAAGGAGAUGAUAUGUAGAGUUUGUGGAAGAAAUGGUUGUACACCACUUAGUGAACACAUUUCAGAUUAUGAUAAUAUUAUGGGAGCAAUAAGCAGCAUUGGCAAUGUGGCGAUAAGCACUGAUGAUUCUUUACCUAAAUACAUAUGUACUGAAUGUUUAGAAUCUCUAAAGGUGGCUAUCAAUUUUAGAAAGAACUGUGAGGUUGCAGACAGAAAAUUUAAGAAGAUAUUGAAUCCCAUGGGAGAUCCAUCAUUACACUCAUAUCCAUACUCAAAACAUGACUUCCAAUUAAUACUUCACCAUUUUAAGAAGAAAAGAUUGAAACAUGAAGAGGCUCAGGAAUUGGAAAGAAAGAAAAAAGAGAGAUUACAACAAAAGCAACAGCCAAAGAAAAAAGAGAUAAAAUGUUCCUCCUGUGAUAUGGCAUUUACUUCAAGGGAUGGUUUAAUAGCCCACAGACAAGUGAAACAGUGUAUGCUCCGGGCAUGUGAUGUUUGUGGUCAGCUUGUCUAUAGUAUCGCUAAGCACAUGCGACAUUUUCACAAAGAGGUCAUUUCACACAAAUGUCCAACUUGUGGUAAGGAGUUUCCUGUUAUUGCAAGACUGAAAAAUCAUAUGCUUGUCCAUACCAACACAUUCAAUUUCUUCUGUGAUCUGUGCCCUUACAAAUGCAAGUACAAGUAUUAUCUAGUGAUGCAUAUGCGUACACACACGGGCGAGAAGCCAUACAAGUGUACAUCGUGUCCUGCUACAUUCGUUAACCCGUCAAAUUUGAACAAACAUAAACUAACACACCAGGAAAAACAGUUUAAGUGCAUUAUGUGCGACAAAGCAUUCCGUACAAAUGCAGGAUUGCGCGAACAUCACGACGCAACACAUAUGAAUAUAAAACAUGCUUGUAAUUUCUGUGGAAGGGAUUUCUGCUAUAAGUCAGAUCUCCGCAAACACGAAAUACGUACUCACAACAGAACAAAGAGAGAUUAUAUAGGUGGGGAGCCGUCCUACAAACAAGUAGAAAGAAUGCAAAAAGUAGACGUUGAAAUGGACAAAUGGCGACAGGAUAUUCUUCCCCAGCCAAUUGAAACGUAUAUAGAACAGAAACAAGACUAUUUACCACAACAGAUAUAUUACACCGAUGUUAACGGGAUACUGCAGCCAGGAAUACCUCAACAACAAACCGUUCAGCUAACAUUACCGGAACUGGAUAUGAAAAAGGACGAAGUGAAAGUUUAUGGGGCACAGCAAUCUUUGGGCUAUUUUUAAAAUUAAACUACGUGAAUUAUCGAUUUAGAAAGUCAUUUUUUUUAUGGCAGUAAAAGCUACCUAGUAGUUUAAGUGAAUUGUAAACUGCCACUAAUGAAAUAAAUAGACAUAUUUUAGUCCCAAGUAUAUCUUAAUCCGAUAGGUCAAAGUCGAAAUCGUUAGGCCUUAUGUUAAGUGACAAUAUUUGUUACCAGGGUUACGUUUUUUCAGUAUCCCCAUGCUAACAAGUUUGUCCAGGUUUUUAAAGAUUGGUCGGAUUUUAUAUUUGUACCAUAACAUGAUACUCGUUGACUUGCAAUCAAACCUGACGUGUUUAUGCCGCUAAUUCUGAAAUAGGUUUUUACUGGUUUUUUAUUACCAUCUGACACACAAAAUUUAUUAACGAUCAUCUCCCUAUAGGCCUCACGAACAAAACAUAAUGGUAUGAGGUGGUAUAUUUAUAUAUACCUCUUUUUCGCCAUUUUACAAUAUAGACGAGUUUUCAUGAAGUUACAGAUGAGACCUAUGCGUGUCGAAGAAAUCCUUCGUUGGAAUGAAUAUCGUUUAUUAAUAUAAACAAAAGAUGAAGGCUGAUACUACAUUUUUUUACAAUUGUAUAAUAAUGAAAUGUAAUUAAUUUAAUCUAAAUCUAAUUAACAUUAUAUUGUAUAUCAUGCUUAUAUAUGUAGGAAUAAACUAUUAAUCAGAAUCAA